UCUCUCGUCGACCACCAUGUCCUUCGUCCGUGCUGCUGCCUCUGCGCGCGCAACCCGCGUCAACCAGUUCGCCGCCAGCGCGCGCCGCUAUGCUAGCACCGAGCCGGGAGCACAAAAGUCGUCCAACCUCCCGCUUAUUCUCGGUGGCGCAGGUGUUGCCGGACUCGCGGGGUACAUCUACCUGAACCAGUUCGGCACGAAGAGCACGGCGGCCCCGGCGGCCGGCGCAGGCAAGUCGUACACGCCCGCGACGAACACGACCUCGCCGCUCGACUCGUCCAAGUUCAUCGACCUCCCGCUCAAGUCCGUCGAGGACUAUAACCACAACUGCGCGGUCUACAGCUUUGGGCUGCCCGACGGGCAGGCGGCGUUGCUCCCGGUCGCGUCGUGCGUGUACCUCGAGGCGAGUGAGAAUCACCCGAAUGCUCUCCGCGACGAGAAGGGCAAGCCCGUACACCGUCCGUACACGCCUGUCAGCCCAAGCGACUACCCUGGCGAGGUCAAGUUCCUGAUCAAGCGGUACGAUGACGGCAAAAUGAGUCAGUAUAUCCACAGCUUGAAGCCCGGUGAGCCGAUUGCGAUCAAGGGCCCGCUGCCCAAGAUUAAGUACGAGAUCAACAAGUGGGAUGAGGUCGGCAUGAUUGCGGGUGGUAGCGGCAUCACACCGAUGUACCAGAUCGUCAACUACGCGCUGUCGGAUCCGAACAACAAGACAAAGUUUACCCUCAUCUUCGCGAAUGUCGAAGAACGCGACAUCCUGCUCCGGGACGACUUCGAGGCGCUGAAGAAGAAGCACCCGGACACCUUCAAUGUUAUCUACACUCUGUCCAAGCCGGCUGACGGGUGGAAGGGCUACAAGGGAUACGUGAACAAGGAGAUGGUCAUGCAGCACAUCCCGCCGCCCAGUCUCGGCGAGAAGGCCAAGGUGUUCAUUUGCGGUCCCCCAGGACAGGUGGAUGCGGUUGCAGGAAAGAAAAACGGUAUGAAGCAAGGGCCCAUUGGAGGCAUCCUAAAGGAGCUUGGCUACACGGAGGAACAGGUGUUCAAGUUCUGAGGCGCACUGAUACCGGAUGCAAUAGCCUGCUAGCGAUCUGAGUGCUGUGGUAUUGUGCUGCAAUGUCCUCUACGCGUAUAACACUCGCAUUGCUUUCUCCUUGCCUUCUCCGCUGCCAUCGCGCACGGCGGAGAGUGUCGCCGACGAAUGGAGCACGUGACCGUGUAUUAGCGGCAGAAGAGUGAGUCGGAGGGCGGGCGGGUGAGUGCAACGUGUCCGAACCAACUGACAUCAUCCGAUCGCGAGACACAGUGCAUGCGCUGCACAAUGAUGCCUGCUUGGCUUUUCUUUUCCAGCUAGGUUCUUUUCCAUCAUUCCCGAGCUUCACGCAUCAUAUCGUUGUCGGAUCCCGCACCUUUCGGACGUACAAAGGCGGCGUCCAGCAGUUUUGCUGUGAUGUGGGAUCGCGCCG